AUGGCCUCCCCAAUUCCCCGCGGCCUGAAGCAGGUCCUCCAGAAGUCUCCUAACGACAUUGUCAUCCUCUCCUCCCUGCGUACUCCUAUCACCCGCGCCAAGAAGGGUGGUUUCAAGGAUGCUUACCCCGAGGAGCUGCUCGCCAGCGUCCUGAAGGCCACAUUGAAGGCCAACCCCAACCUGGACCCGGCACUCAUCGACGACGUGACCAUCGGAUCCGUCCUGCAGGAGCUCGGUGGUGCUAAGGCCGGUCGUAUGGCCCAGAUCCACGCCGGUUUCCCUCACUCCGUCCCCUUCAACACCAUCAACCGCCAGUGCUCAUCUGGUCUGGCCGCCAUCACCGCCGUUUCCUACGGUAUCCGCUCCGGCGCUCUCGACAUCGGUGUCGGUGGUGGUAUGGAGCACAUGACUCGCAACUACGGCUCCCGCGCUAUUCCCACCGUUCUCUGGCCCGAGCUGAAGGAGUCUCACUCCCAGGACGCCAAGGACUGCAUCAUGCCAAUGGGUCUGACCUCCGAGAACGUCGCCUCGCGCUACGGAAUCUCCCGUCAGGACCAGGACGCUUUCGCCGCUGAUUCUCACGCCAAGGCCUCCGCCGCCCAGAAGGCCGGUCGUUUCGACUCUGAGAUCGUCCCCGUUACCACUAAGACUCUUGACCCCGAGAACCCCGAUGCUCCCGCUAAGGAGAUCACCGUUUCCCAGGAUGACGGUAUCCGUCACAACAUCUCUGCUGAGAAGAUGGGCACUCUCAAGCCCGCUUUCAAGCCCGAUGGAGCUAGCACUGCUGGUAACUCCUCCCAGGUCAGCGAUGGUGCCGCUGCUACCCUUUUGAUGCGCCGUUCCACCGCCGAGGAGCUCGGUCUUUCCGGCUCUAUCAAGGCUCGCUGGGUCGCUACCGCUGUUGCUGGUUGUGCCCCCGAUGAGAUGGGUGUUGGCCCCGCUGUUGCUAUCCCCAAGCUGCUUCAGCAGGUUGGUCUCUCCGUUCCUGAUGUCGGUGUUUGGGAGAUCAACGAGGCUUUCGCUUCCCAGGCUAUCUACAGUGUUCGCAAGCUCGGCAUUGACCAGGCUAAGGUUAACCCCAACGGUGGUGCUAUUGCUCUUGGUCAUCCUCUCGGUGCUACCGGUGCUCGCCAGGUCGCUGAUCUGCUUCCUGAGUUGGAGCGUAGCGGCCAGGACAUUGGUGUUGUCAGCAUGUGCAUUGGUACCGGCAUGGGUAUGGCCGGUAUGUUCGUUCGCGAGUAA